AUGUUCAUGUCCUCGAAAUCCGGUGCGGCCGCGGUUGACACGUCUUCGGAACCGCAGGUGAUUGACUUCAACACGGUGGAACUCUCCAACGUGACGGCAAGCGUCUCCAGUGCUAAGAAACCAAGAUCCUGGUUCUGGCCGUUUGGCGGUAGCAAGAGCGCCGCCAAAACAGAGCCGGUGGUGGAUCCUGCUACGGUUGCCAACAAGGAGAAGGAGUUCAAAAUGGUGGGCGAUUCAACCAACAAGGUUAUUGCCAUGAAGAAAAUGCACGAGGGCGACGACUUGGACGACGACUUUAUUGACAUCCAAGUUCGCAAGCUUUCGUAUGCUGAGGUUGCUGCUCUUCAAUUGAAGAAAAACAGUUUGCCUCCCGCUGGCUCCGCAAAGACUGCAUCGUCAGGUGGUUCCAACUUGGAGUCUGUUGUGGACCAAGAUUUGGACCUGGAGAAAUCGGUCACGGAUGUUGAGUUUGCUGAAAACUACAGAAAGUCCAAGAAGUUCACAGCCACCGAAACACACAAGGAUGACGCCGGCGAGGAAGAACAGCUCUUUGACGACUACAGCAAGAAGGUUCCGAAACGGUUUACCAAGAACGGUAAAUAUUUAAAGAAGAGAGACACUUAA